UCAUUUAUUUAAAAAACACGGCCAACUCAAGAUUACAAGUCGUUUCGUUUCGUCUGUUUUGGUUAAUCUUGUCUUUUUGAUAAACUCUUGGGGCAACAUGGCCGCCCGCUGUUACCCUCAUACUGUACACACACUUUAAACUGAGCACCAGAGACAGCAGACAGUAGAGACAGUGUGUGCUGGCUACUGGAAACAGUGUGACAGGAGAGUCAUUUAUUCAUUUAUUUUUCAGAGGAAACCCGCGUUUGAUGUAAACAGGCAAGACCAUGCAAACCUGAGAGCCUUUCGAUUCUCCAAAAUCAAGAUGUCACUUGGGAAGACUCCAGUCAGUGUUGUGAAUCUGGGGAGGGUUGCUUACCGCAGUGCUCUACAGAUACAGCAGCACUAUAUCAGACAGCAUUUUGAUUCUUCUAACCCGACUCCGAACACCCUGCUGCUCUGUGAGCACUCUCCUGUUUACACUGUUGGGAUUAGGCGAGUUCAGUACCCCGCUGAAGAGGAGCAGAGACUGAAAGAUCUGGGUGCGGACUUCUUCCGCACAAACCGAGGAGGCCUGAUAACUUUCCACGGGCCAGGGCAGCUGGUCUGUUACCCCAUUCUUAACCUGGGCUGCUUUAAGAAGAGUGUGAGGUGGUAUGUGUGUGAAAUAGAGAAGACAGUGAUUAACAUGUGCAGCAAGUUUGGGAUCAAAGCCUCCACGUCUCCGGACACCGGAGUCUGGGUUGGAAAUAACAAAAUAUGUGCUAUUGGCAUCCACUGUGGGAGAUAUGUGACAUCUCAUGGAUUGGCUCUGAACUGCAACACUGAUUUGAGCUGGUUUGAGAACAUUGUGCCCUGUGGGAUUGUGGGAAAAGGAGUCACUUCGCUCAGUCGAGAGCUUGGUCGUGAUGUCACGACUGAAGAGGCCGCACCAGUGUUACUCAAGGCUUUUAGUGAACAGUUCAACUGCUGUCUGGUAAAAGCUGAUAACUCCUGUGAGCAGACCCAACAGACUUUAAACUGAUAUAAAUGUAAAUCAGCGACUAUUUAAUUGUGGAUUGCAACACUAAUUCUGCAUAUUGGUCUGCUUGUAGGUUACACUGCAGAUUCUUUGCUAUAAUAAAAGGUUAAAUUAAGAGUCAUUGAACCUCA